AUGCCUGAAUGGAGGUCUCAGUGCCAUCUCGUCCUGCUGAACUCCCUGACAUGUGGCCUAGAGAUCUGUGUGGCAGCUGCAACCACAUAUGUACCCCCGCUGUUGUUGGAAGCGGGCGUGGAAGAGCGCUACAUGACUAUGGUGCUAGGUAUCGGCCCAGUGCUUAGUCUCUUUCUCACUCCGUUUGUGGGCUCAGCAAGUGACAACUGUAACAGUCGUUAUGGCAGACGGCGGCCUUUCAUCUGGCUGCUGUCUUUGGGUGUUCUUAUCGCACUUUUAAUCAUUCCCAAUGCAGACAUUCUGGCCUCAAGCCUGUUCUGGGGUGGAAAAAAGAUCCAGGUGGGCUUCCUGAUUCUUGGUGUAGGACUUCUGGACUUCUGUGGACAUGUGUGUUUCACUCCACUGGAGGCUCUGCUGUCAGACCUGUAUCGAGAAGAGGAAGAGUGUGGACAAGCUUUUGCAAUGUUCUCCUGUAUGGUGAAGGGCUCUAUAGUGGAGUACCGAAUGCAGCUCCAGGAAGUGUCUCUAGACAAAGAUAUGAUGAAGGUAUUCGCAUGGGCAGCCUGGUCGACUGGUUCAGCGUUUUGGCUCUCGACAAGUCUAUGUGAGCAGUAUGUCAUGGCAGCCCUCACUGGCUUUGCCUACGCCACUAUACAGACGCUGCCUUAUACACUUACCUGCCACUACCAUAAAGAAAAAGAGGUUUACAUGCCAAAAAGCGUGUCUAAAAUACACAUGAACAAAAUCGUAGCCAACAGGGACCCCAUAUAUUUAGCCUCACUCGAUGUGGAGAGUCGAGUGAAUCCUCAAGCUGAUGCCUAUGGACAGAACCUGCUCGGCCAGGACGCUAGCGAUUUCUGCUCGAGUGCUGCCAGUGUUGUCAGCUCAGGCCACAGUCCAAGUAGCACUGAACCCCAGGAUGACACAGAUGCUGGGUUUGAGAAGCGAGGUGUCGGGCUAGACUUUGCUAUUUUAGACAGUGCCUUUCUGAUCUCCCAGAGGCCGAGUCCUAAACUUGUGGCGUGCGCUGUGCGCCCACACGCCAAUGGGAACACCAUGACGCCAGGUGCCUCUGUCAGUGGGUGA